CAAACACACGUGUUCAAGCCAAAACGUUAUUGAACCGGAGAGCGCUAUAUAAAGUAUUUGUAUUAAAAAAACCGUUAAAAUCCAUAUCUUAAAGACAUGUCUGGCAAUAAUAUGCUAGAGGUUCUUUUUGUAAGCAAUACAAAUGACCAUCAGUUAUCCUGCUCUGUAUGGGACUAUCGCACCGGCACAAAUCUAAUGAACUACAAGGGUGGUGGAGGAGGAGCAGCAACACAUACUCUAUCCGUUGUACGUUCUGAAUACUUGGUGGCAGGCAAUCUCACUAAACCAUUGCUGCAUGUAUGGCCCAUAAAUGCUCAGGAACAAAUGACAGCCAUACGUUUUGUGGUAGCUGGAGCCGUGAGUGCUCUGGCUUUAUCACCCGAUGCCACUUACAUGGUGGCCGGCAUACAGGAAACCCUGUAUGUGUGGCAUGUACUAACCGGUCGUAUGAUGAAUACAUUAUCCAAGCAUUAUCAAACGGUAACCUGUGUAAAGUUUACUAGUGAUGGCUCCCACUUUGUGAGUUGCGGCAAAGAUGGUGCAGUGUUAGUGUGGAAUCUUGCCAGAGUGGUGGCCCAGGAAGAAAAUCUUGCACCACUUUAUACAUUCAAUGAUCAUGGCCUGCCAGUGACCGAUGUCUAUGUGGGAACGGGGGGAAUGAGAGCAUAUAUGUUCACCGUAUCUUUGGAUCGUGCUUGCAAAAUAUAUGACUUGAACAGUGGUGCACUGCUGCUGAGUGUUGUUUUCGCUGAAGGUUUGCAGAGUGUGGCGGUAAAUGCCUUGGAGACACAAGUAUUUGUGGGUACAAAUGCUGGCAGCAUUUUCGAUUUCUUUACCAACGAUGUUCCCAGAGUUAAGGAAUAUCACUUUGAAGAGGCCCCCAAACAAUUUGUUGGUCAUACAAAACCUUGUACAGUUAAUUGUUUGGCUUUGUCGGCCGACGGUAAAACUCUUGUAUCAGGUGGAAGCGAUAGUCAUGUGCUGGUGUGGAAUAUUUCCAGUCGUCAAUUGCUAAAAACCCUUACUUUUAAGGGUGCCAUUACAAAUUUGCACAUCAAAUUAACAAACCCUGCCAUAUUCAAUCCUGAGCACAAACAGCCUCAAGUUUUUGCUGCCAAUCUUAAACGUAUGAUUGAUCCAGAAGGUGCCGAAGAAAUGCCCAUUGAGAUUAUGGUAGACAGCAUUACAUAUGAUGGGGAAAGCAAUUAUGUUACCACUAACUACAGUCCUGCCGAUACCUGUUAUAAACCACAAUCCGUUGUUUGUGGAUCUCUAAGCAAUGCUUCGACGAAAAGCGAAGACUCUGAAGAACUCAAGAAUUUGCGACAAGAAGUUGAAAGGCUGCGUCACAUUAACAAGAAACUAUUUGAAAUUUCCAGCAAACAGUUGUUGCGCCAAAAAAGGAAAUAAUUUAAGAUUACUUUGUUAAGUUAGUUUGUAUGCCCGUGUACAAAACAAUGACAGAUCCAACUAAGUUACUUUAUUUUACUGAUUAGAUAAAUAAACGAUAUAAUCACUAAA